UAUGAAGGAAAUAAAUGCUAGCUCUUUAUAGGGCUUUAAUGGAUGUAAUACGGCAGGACCACCUUAAGUGUUAGCCUCGCCCCCUGCCUGCGCUGACAUUGGCUGAGAGGGACUGCGAGGAAUGGAUUGCUGAAAUGCAAAACUUGUUGCUGCUCUCUGGGGCUGUGUGAUCGGCAAGGGGAGAGAGUGAGGGAUCUCACACUGAAUCCUCCUGCCGGAGGGACGGAGGCAAACACGGGAAGUGGUCACAGGGACAGCUCGGACAUUGCCCGCUGGAACACGUUAGGUGCGCUGUGUCUAGGACAAAGGGGGCCGUCCUCUACUAAGCCCGUAGUGCCGGGGACAGCACCUAAUCACCAGUGGACAGCAGCAGCAGCCAGCACCCCGGACCAGCAGGCAGUGUGCUCCCUGUAUAUGCUCAGUAGGGACUGACCCAGGACUUUCCAGCAGUCUAUUAGCCAGAUGGCUACUAGACACUCCGCAGCGCAGUUACAAUGACAACAGUGGCAGAGCCCAUGGGCACCAGGAACAUUCAUUUAUCAUAUAAAUAACAGCCAGCUGCUUGUUAACUUCAACAAAACAGCGGAGAUUAAACUACAUUGUCUGAACUAUACUGCAAGUUUAUUGUUUGCUCCGAUCCAAUUGGACUUUCCAAAACUUUUUUUUAUUGUUAAAUUUCCACACUGGGGACUGUUUUCUUAUAUUUUGGAUCCUUAUUUUGCUGUGCGUGGAAAGCAAAGCAAACCUGCAGUUUAAGCGUCCAGCUCUGCAUGAGAUCCCAAGAAAAUGUUUACUUAUGAUCUCACAGCUCAGGCCCUCUCAGAUUACAAAAUGUGAGCUCAUCUGCAGACAACAUUGCUUCUCACACUUGUAUUUCUGCUUCCAGAGAUUGUGGGGAUCUGCAUGAGACCUUUUUUCCCCCUUCCCUCAUUCUUGCAGAGCGGUUUUGCUUUUCUGGCAUUGCAAGGACUGAGUGCAAUAGCAUUAUCAGUGGAAAGAACUGUCAUGCCUUAUUGAUCAGUUUGGAAUUAUGUUUGGGCUGGAGCAGUUUGAGCCACAGAUCAAUAGCAGAAGCGCUGGCCAAGGAGAGAGAAGCUUUACUCAGCCCGGGAUGAACAUGAGCUCUCAUUUUAAAAGCUCUGCUUUCCACGCCGGAGGUGCACCCGCGUCUGUGGAUCCUGCAAUAGGGGCUAUGAAUGAGCCUUCUAUGAUGGGAAUGAACCUCAACUUAAAUGGAGAGCCCUAUGGGUAUCAUGCUAGAGGACACUUAGAUGCUCAUGCUGGAGGAAUGCAGCAGCAGCAGCCAGUGCACGGUUUCUUUAAUAACCAGCAACACCACCACGGCCACCAUAGCAGCCAUCCUCACCAGCAUCACCCACACUUCAGCAGCAACUUUGGUGGGCCAGAUGCCACAGCUUCUUGCUUGCAUGGUGGCAGGCUUAUGGGCUAUAACAAUAAUCUUGGAAACCAACAAGCAUUUGGGGAGGGCUAUGAACAAAUGGCAGAGAACCAGUCAGGAGAGGGAUUUGGACAGCAAAGGUCAGGUAAUAUUGCUGAAUUUCAACACCCUAACACUAAUUCUUCUAACCACGCUGUUCCUGCACCUUGCCUUCCUCUAGACCAGUCUCCAAACCGUGCUGCUUCUUUUCAUGGGCUUCCAUCCUCCUCCUCCACUGAUACACAUAACUUGGAACAAAGGAGGAUACACAGUCAAGGAAGUGUUGACCCUCUGGAAUACAAUUAUCCCACAGAUGGCCCCUCAGGACAUUUUGAAGUACCUGUGUUCUCUCCUUCAGACUCAGAGGGCCAUUAUGGUGCUGGAAGGCAGGCCCCUGGUGGCAGCUUUUCUGGCAGUUCUGUUUUACCCAGACCUCCUGGUAUAGUGGGAAUGACUAAAGUUCACCCCCAGCAGCAGCAUGGUGUAUUCUUUGAAAGGUUUGGAGGUGCCCGAAAGAUGUCAGUGGGCAUGGAGCCUGGAGUGAAUUCCAGACAUCCCUUAAUGCCACAGCAGCAGCAGCAGACAGGUUUACUUGCCAGGCAAAAUUCAUGCCCGCCAGCAAUUACUAGGCAACAACAAACAGAAGCCAAUACCUCCAACGCAAAUUUACAGGACAAUGGACCAGUAAUGCAGAACCAGCAUACACAGUUUGAAUAUCCUAUUCAUAGACUAGAGAAUAGGAAUAUGCAUCCAUAUACAGAAUCCAUGUUCAAUAUGCAACAGGCACCUCCACAGCAACCUCCAAAUCAAAGAUUGCAACACUUUGAUACUCCUUAUAUUAAUGUAACAAAAAGGCCUAGGUUUGAAUUUCCAAAUAAUCAUGGUGUGGAUAACUGUGCUGCAUGGAGUAAUAAUAACAUUCACAAUGCUGGCAUUGAAAGUCACCUGUCUCCCUCCACAUACCCUGGUCUUCCAGGUGAAUACACACCUCAAGUGCCAGAAGGUUUUCCACCUGGCCCAACUCUUCAACACCCUGGAUCAGAUCACCAAUCACUACAACAGCGUCAGAAUGCAGCAAUGAUGAUUAAACAAAUGGCUUCCAGGAACCAGCAGCAAAGAAUGAGACAGACAAAUUUACAGCAACUGGGGCAUCAUGGGGACGUUAAUCAAAGUGGUAUUGUUCAUGGAGGUCAAGUAGGGAAUAUGUCUCAGCCUGCCUUUGAUCGUGAAGGAGGGAGGAUUGGUAAUUUUGACCCCCAAAACCCACAUGUGGCUCAGGAAAAUGCUUGGUUUCCUGGCCCUCAUCCACCAGGAGAUAUUCUACAAAGGAGGAUGGGUGGGUCAAAUCUUCCUUCUGAACCUACACCUCAUGAUAUUAAUUUGCCACAAAAUGGGUCAAAUAUGCUGUUUAGGUCAGGUGUCAAUAGAAUGGGUAUUCAAGAUUCUUUGGGGUUACCAGGAGAAGGACAUGUUCAGGCCUUACAUUCUCCUGGCAUACAUUCUCAGUUUGGAAACAACAUGGCUAACCUUUCCCAAAUGCAAUCACCAGGGGGAGGAGUGGGCAUUACAAGUACUUCUUCAGACAGAAGGAUUCCUCCAGAGUUUGCAGCACCCUCUAUAGGAGGACAGGCAGGAUUUCCAUUUGUGGGAUCAAAUAGGCAGUCUACCCCACACAAUCCCCCAGGUGUAAACUCAUCACCAAGUUCUUACCCACCACAAUCUGAUUUUCAAGCUAGUCAGCGAUCCACUGCAAGCAAGUUAGGAGCACUUUCCCUAGGGUCUUUUAGUAAGUCAAAUGCAAAAGAAAAUAUUUUUGGACAAAGUUGCUUAGCUGCUCUCUCCACUGCCUGUCAGAACAUGAUUGCUAGCUUAGGUGCUCCAAACCUCAAUGUAACUUUUAAUAAGAAAAGCCAAGCUGAGGGAAAGAGAAAGUUGAGUCAGACUGAAACAGACCUAAAUAGCACCAGUGGGAAUAAUGCAAAUUCUGAUUAUUUCACAGGGGGGUCCUCCCAAAGCAGCCAGGUACCUGGUGUGUCCAAUGCCAACAGUAAAUCUACAGGGCAAAGUAGUACAUCUCAGCCCCCUCAAGGUGACACUAGCCUCUCCCCAAACUAUAAUAUUGAAGCUAAUCCUGGCAAUGAUGGAAAACCAGUUACUAGUGGUGGGAGAGGGAGGGGCAGGAGAAAAAGAGACAGUGGGCAUGUAAGCCCAGGUACCUACUUUGAUAAGUAUUCUGCAGAUAGUGGGGGUGCAAUUGUAAGUCCAGGGCAGCAGAGUCAGCCUGCAAGCUCAGGGGAAUCUGGCGGGACUGCACAUGACAAGCCUCUCACUUCUCCAUCAUGGGGAAAGGGGGGUGAUCUGCUUCUCAGUGACCAACCUGACCUCAUGUCAUCUUUGGAUAGUGGAAUUCAAAGUGUGACUAAAUCAGAUAGCAGCUCACCUCAUGUUGACUUCCCAGAAGAUGUUAACACAACUUAUGGCAAUGAAGAUGAAGUGUCCUCUAGUUCAGAUAAUAACAUAUCAAAACCCAAUAGUUGUCCGUUGGUUACAGGGUCUCCAAAAAUUCAGAGGGGGGAACAUGGACUUCUAAAUGGACAAAAACCCUUGGGACUAAAUCUGCUAAAUAACACUACCUCUCUCCCGGACAGUUAUGGUUUGAGUAGUUCUGGCCACCCUGGCACUCCAGGGAUGGAACAGGUUCGCACUCCAACUAGCACAUCAACACAGGAUGAAAUCCACCCUCUAGAGAUACUCCAAGCACAGAUACAGCUUCAGAGACAACAGUUCAGCAUUUCUGAAGAUCAGCCCUUGGGAAUCAAAAAUAAAAAAAAUGACUGUACUGCUCAAAAUGUGGACAGUGAAUUGAACAGUUGUUGCUCUGACAAUGUUAAAAAUUCUAUGAGUACUAUAGACCUUGACUCUUUGAUGGCAGAACAUAAUUCUACCUGGUACAUGCCUAAUGAGAAAUCAUUGAUGGAGGUAGAAGAGGACAAAUCUAUCACACCUUGGGAGAAAUCAAAGAGCCAACAAACCAACAAAGAAGGAUCUUCCCAGAACAAGACCUCAGCAGCGGCACAAAAUGGAAGCCAUUUACAAUGCCUCUCAGUUCACUGCACAGAUGACAUUGGAGAGUCAAAGGGUAGGACUUCCGUUCCUACAUGGCGAUCCCUUCAUUCUGACAUCUCCAAUAGAUUUGGGACUUUUGUCGCAGCCCUAACUUGAAAAUAGAAAAAAACAAACAAAAAAAACCUUUUUUUUUUCCUUUCAUUCCCCCCACCCCCAACAGCCACUAUUGAUAGGUGGACAUAUUUUUUUUAGGUUGGUACCUUCUUAGUGGCAUAUGGAACAGUUAAUUUAAAAGAAAACCUCAUAUUUUUAAUCUUUUUUGCCACAGUAUGUUACCAGUGUUAACAUCUUCAUCCAGAACUAUUUGCCUUUUGUUGUACUCUAGUUAAUCCCUGUUACACUAUAAGCUUGGCAUAUUUUUUUUUUUUUUUUCUGGGUAGAGAAGGGAUUGUGUGCGUAUUUACUUUUAUUGUUUUUUUUUUUAUUUGCUUUUGUCACUGCUGUGAUUUCUGCAAAGAAUGUAUGUUUUAUCUUUUUAUUUAGUCAAUGUUCUUAUGUUCUCAACUAGAUGUCAUAAGAAAAAAACAUGGUUUUGCAUUAUGCAUUUUUAAAAUAUAUAUGUAUAAAUAUCUUCAUAAACCAAUUAACCCAUACAAGACAGAGAAAUCAUUUUGCUUUUAGUGAAUGUGAAACAUCUAUUUUGAUUCCUGAAGUAUUUUUGAACAAAGAAUCAAGCUCUUAGAUUAAUAUCGUCUUCAGCAAUUUUGAACACAUGACUUUAUUUAGACAAGAUAUUUAAAUGUUUAUUGGAAAUUAAAAAAGAAGUAGCAAAUUAAAUAUAUAUUUUGUGCACAUAAAGUUAUAGUCUAUAUACAGUUCCAAUUUAGGUUUCUACAAUUUACAAUUCUCCAAAUUUGAAUUGAUGUAAAUAUCAGGGUUAUUUGUAGAGUAUUUAAUUGAAUUAGACCCAUUGUCUCAUAUUAAGGUGAAGUUUCAGCUAGUAUUGUUUUGUUUAAAAUAUAGUUUUCAAUAUAGUUUCCCUAUAUUCAAGUCUAAAGUGCAGGAAACAGAAAAAUGUUUGGAAUAUUCAUGUUUUUGGGUUAAACUAAAUGGUUAAGUGCUUAUUUUUUAUUUAUUUUUUUAUUUUACUCCUACACAGAUAUAUUAUCAAAUCUUGGCUCAGUUAUACAUUUGAAAAUUGUAUUGUCUAGCAACUGCUACAUUGCCCACACAGAGGUAUUUCACCAGUGUAAUUAAACAUAUUUUGCUCAUUAAAAAAACAAACCCCCCCCACAAGAUUACAGUUAAGUCCUACAGCUUUUUUUGUCUAGAUUUAUUUUAGUCAUAUUCUAUAAUGUCUAAUAAACUUCAAAUUAAUUGAUUUUGUUAAAGAAAAAUAUCUGUAGUACUUUUGCAGAUAUUCUUAAAUAGCCAUUAUACUGAACAAAAUGACAUGCUACCAUUCAUGAGACCAUGUCAUUGUAUCACUAUUGACCCUGCAAUUUCUAUGUGUUUAACCCCCUGCAGAGGGGUUAAACACAUAAGUAAAGUAUGAAUUGGUAGCUGUUGCUGAUUCAGUCCUAGUAGCACAACCCAGUUAUUUGAAGCUUUAUCUAUGUUUUACCCCCUUUGCAUGGUUAAACACAUAGAUUUGCAGGGUUGAUAGUGACACAAUUACAAUGAAGAAUAAAAUCAUUAUAUUUUUUCAGUAUAAUGGUCUUUAACAUUUAAUUGACUGCACCUUCUAUUGCACACAACAGAUUUUCUGGCUAUAAACCUAUAGUUUGUGAAAGUCUUAUAAACUAUUAGGAUUAUAUAACUUUAACUUGAAUGCAUUGUUUUCUAUAUUUGUAAGCAGAGAAACUGAGCAAUAAAGAAAUAAACAUUGAGUGUAUAUUUUAGUUAUAUUAUACAAGAAAUUUUAAACAAAACAACAUGUUUAUUAUACAGUAAAGUACAGUGCUGUGUUGUUGGUCCAGGGGAAAAAGCAAAUUGACUGAAGUCAAGCAGAUAAUAACUUUUAGAUGAUCAACUUACAUAGUCUUUAUAAUUUUAAUGCAUUCACAAUUAACCAUUUUAUCUGCUUGGGUGUAUUCAACUAUUUACGUAUAGCUACUUUAACUGUUUUAUUUGAAAUGGCUGAUUUAGCCUGUUGAAACCACCACACAUUCUGAGAAUUGUAAUACUCUGGUAUUGGCUAUAGACAUGCUUUGUAAUUGAGAGGCAGCAGCACAAAUUAAUAUGCCAGUGAGGUGGAAGCAAGAGAGAGACCAGCCCAUUCAAAUGCAAUGAUCUGUUAUCAGCUACCUUUUCUGUAUAUUGUCUCUGUAAAGUGUAAAUAUUAAACCUCAUUAAAUAAUAAGGGUUUUAUCUCAUUUUAGGACCUUUCUUGUCACCUGACCUAAGACUUUAUAGUAGCUUUAUCUCCAAACAAUCCACAAGGGGUUAGAACUCCAAAUAUACAGUUGCUUUUGCAUCAUGUUGGAUGCAAGGCAAAUUGUAUUUUUCAUUCAUAAUAUUCUUUUAAUAUGGAUCAAUAAAUGCUUUCCUAGCCUCACUGUAUUGGAUGAUAAAUCAAUCAGACACUGUGCAUUGGUAAAUUUAGCAUAGUAUAUGAUAAAACAAAUACACCAAUGUGUGAUCACUGAACAGAUUUGCUUUCAUUUCUUUCGGUUAUUGAGCUUAUUAGCAUAUUAAAAAAAUAUUAGCUAAUUUGAGCCAUGUUAAAAAUGACAAACGUUAAUUGGCCUUAAAAUACCUGUAUUUGUAAAAUAUUUUAUUAAAUGAACAUUUAACACUAAAAACAUUGUAUAACCUUGAAUACAUUGAGGUUAUCCUCUGUCUCUCUCUAGUCAUUGGUGGUGCCAUUUUGAAAUCUAGGUAACAAAAUGACAGCACCCAUACUUAGAGGAAGGUGCAUUAAAUGUAUUUAGUGUCUCAUGUCCCUUUAAAUGAUGGCCCUAAAUAUUUUAUUUUGCAAAUGCUACAGUAUUUAAAAAUCUUUAGUUUCUAAUUGCAUAUUUACAGGUUUAUAUGUAAGGUCCAACUUAUUUUGCAGUGAAAACAACCAGCAUUAGGAUUAGUUAUGAUAUAUUUUAUUCUGCCUCCCUGUAUAUGCAGCAAUUUGAUAAAAAGUAUCAGGUCAAUGUAAUAAAUUACUGUGCACACCAUAUAUCUAUGUAAAUCAUUAUUGACAUAAUUGUAAAUUAAUCAUGUGUAGCCUUCAGCUGCUUGCAUUACUGGAUAACUAGACUGGACAAUGUGUUUCCCUGCUUGCAAAGAAUGUUUUGUUUUACUUUUUUAGAUGCACAAAAUGAUAUUUGUAAUUUCAUCUACUUUAAACCUAAAUUAAAGUAAACUGCAUAGUUAACGUAUUACAUCUCACAAUAAAUCACCUUAUACAUGUUAUAUUUUAGUAAGAACAGGGAGUGCUACUUUGGAACCAAAAUCCCUUUAAUUAGUAUUGUUUAUUUUGUCGUGUCUUGUGAUGCCAAAUUAUUUGUGCUUUGCACAAAAUAUUAAUUUGUAAAUUGGCAACACAUUGUGGGAAAACAUCAUCCUUUUAUUUCUCAAGAAUGGACUGGCAAACCAAGACCUAUAUUAAUUGGACCACUCAUCUGUUUAAACCUACAAAAGACUUCCAUACCAUUUAACUUUCACCUUAAACAAAUUGAAGAACAGUCACCCAUAACUACCAGCAUUAUUUUUGUUCUACCUGUGACCCUGAGUCAGGAUGGGUUUAUGUUGGUUUUUAUGCCAGUAGCUAACAUUGCUGGGUAAUUCAGAUGUUGAUUUAAUGAUUACAUAGCUUUACAUAUAAAACCACACAUUUAAUGGGCUGAUAUUUGCUCAAUUCUUAUUUAUAGUUGACAUAAUUUUCUUACAUUAUACUUUCUUACUCCCUGUGUAUUAUAUAUCAAUACGUUAGGUGUAGACAAGGCUAUAAUAUUGCUAAGGAAACCAAAAAGUAUCAAUAGCAAACCAUAAAAUGAUCUACUAUUUCUAUAUAAAGUGUAUUUUUUCUACAGACAUUAGUUAACAGAGACAAGAGAUAAUGGCAGCAUGCCAGGCCAUAUGUAAACUUAUGCUGUUCAGUUUCGUAGCAGUGGAGAGGAACAUUUGAGUUUACAUUAAAUGUGCUGCCCCACUUAGCAGUGUAAAUUGGACAUCCAACAUUUAAAAAUCACUCCACCAUUGAUUUUUGUUCAAGCAUAACAUAGGUUAUAUUUCAUUACAGUGUAGGCCCCAUUGCUAAGCAGUGAUGAGCACAAAUUUUAUGGAGUACGCUUUUGGUAUCCAUAUUUCAAAAUUUUUAAAAAAAGACAGUAAUGUAUAGAUUUAGUCCCCCCCCCCCCCCAGUGAUCCAUAUGUUUACUGUUGUUUUAGGGAAUUUUUUUUAUUUAUAAAAUGUUUCUUGAGAAUCUCACAAUGAUUUUUGUGAUGACAAUUUUUUUUUUAUAUAUAUGGUACACCAAAGUUUCUAUAUUCUGUUUUUGUGUUGUUUUCUCAAGUUGUACAGCCUUAAAAUACAUUAUUAUUUUUGUUUUUAACCCUUAAAGUUCUAAAACAGUAUUCAAUAUUAAGUAUACUGCAAGAAUGAAAAAUGGGUCCAUAAGUGAUUGUGCAUUGAUAUGCAGCACUUGAACUAUUUAAUUAAAAAAAUAAAUACAUAAAUAAAAAAAAAAUGAAAAUGCCUUUUCACAUGAAUUGGUUUAUAAACUAAAAUAAGAAAUGUUUAUGUGACCUUUUUUUAAUUUGGAUACUUGGGGAGAAUCUACAGUAAUAUUUUUUAUUUUUAUUACAUUUUGUCAUCUUUUGCUAUAUUUGUAUUGCAAAUAUUUGCCUGUGAACUAUCAGUGAAACUGUGUUAGAUUACAUCAUUUUGUAUGAAAAUAUCCUGACGUGGAAACUAAAUUAAUAACAGUCAUUUUGUCAUAUCAUUUUUUAUAUAUUUUUUCCUCACACAACCAAAAAAAAAAAGUGUUUGCACCUCAUAACGUGUACACAGGGUUUUAAUGCAGCUGUAAAAAGAUUGUAUCUUUUCUACAGCCGCUUGUGCAACAUAAUCUAAUGCAUACAUGGUUUACAUACAUAUAUGAUUCUGUAUAUAAUAGCUACAGAAUUUGUGACAAUACAAAAGGUUAAUACGUACUUACAGCUGUGUUAUAUACAUUUGUAAUGGCAUUCCAUUUUAAACAUAUAAUUUAAUGUGCUUGGAAAUUUCCAGACCUAAGUAAAUAUGCAUAUUGUUGCAUUGGAAUUUUUCAUAGUAGUAGCUUAGUAUUUUAAUAAAAGCUAUCUCUUAAUUUUAUUCAAGAUGUCCCUUCUCUGAUCUCUAUACUGCCAAAGGGCGCUGCAGCGUUUUACAUCCUAGGUUACUCAAAGUCACUUUUUUAUGUGUAUAUAUUUUUUUACAUCAGAUUGAAGUUCUGUAUUAAUCAAAUGCAUUACAGUUCCUUCUCAGAGAGAAGAAAGGAUUGAAUCACUCUACUGACAGAUUUCAAAACUCAGAUCUUUUUUUUUUUUUUACUGUAUUAAAAAAAAAUGUUGCGUGUCUGGACUUCUUGAUUUAUAUGUUGAAAAAAAUUGUACAGUUUGUCAGAUUAAUUCAAAAUGUAUCUAAAAAUAAAAAGUACACAAGUAUCAGUUUUAAACAUAUAUAUACAUUAAUUUGUAAAACAACUACACAUUCAUGUUUUAAAAGUGCAGACAGUUUUAUGUUUUUUUAUCAUAUAUAAAUGAUCCAAGAACCAGUUUUUGUACAUUUCACCAAAAGAUUUAAAUAAAAUGAUUGAAAUAUAGGCAAGUUCUGCUUCUUACAAAUUUAUACCUGUGAGAAAACUGAUAUUUCUCCUAUAAUUUGGUUUAUAAUCUAAAAAAAUAAAACACUGGUAACAUCUACUGCAUAGCAAACUCUUCUUAAAAUGUUAUUGCACAUGUAAAAUAUGGAAACUUUACUCUGCUGUGUGUUAAGCAAUCUGUAAUCUUUUAUUGACUUGUUAAAUUCAUUUUUAAAUGCUUGUUUGGAAGACUGUAACAAUAGCUCAUGAAACUGAGUGUUAUUUUUCUUUUCUUUUUUUAAAAAUAUGUAAAGUGCAGUCUUCUGUAUUCAUGCAUAUUGUAUAUAUCUGUACAUGUUUUACUGAACAAUUAAAUAACAAUAAAUAUGAUGUUAAUGGUGA